AUGGUCCUGCGAGGCCAACAGGCUGCAGGCUCUGCAGCUACAAUUAGCAUCAGCACUAGUGUCAUCGCUGACAUCACAUCCUCAAAGGAACGUGGUGUCUUCAUGGGGGCGAACGCCUGUAUGUUAAUGACCGGCCAGGCGUUUGGUCCUGUCAUCGGAGGUGCUCUGAACAACGUGUGGGGUUUCAGAAGCAUUUUCUGGCUGCUAUUUGCCUUGGGCGUGGUCAUUCUCAGCGCCCUCCUUAUCUUUCUGCCGCAGACUUAUAACGGGCAACGGCAGCAUCCCACUUUGGGGAUUCAGCAAACCCUCUAUCCAUAUGCUCAAACCACUAAUGGCGUCGAAGCAUCCAGUCCUUUAGCCUACAUUGCAUGGAGCAUGGUGAAAUCCUCGACUACAACGAUGCUGUUGUACGGCUUCCCCUGUCUUACUGAGUGGCAGCUUGGCCUAUGUUUCCUACCCAAUGGCCUCGGCUGCAUCUGCGGCUCGCUCAGCUCAGGUUGGCUCCUGGACCAAAGCUUCGGACGUGCCCAGGAGCGAUACAGACUGGAGCACAACAUGUCCUCCGACGAACUAUUAGUCAGCAAGCGCGACCUUCCUCUCGUACGGGCCCGUCUCAAAUACAUGCCUCCUCUCAGCAUCGCUCUCGUCAUCUCGCUAGCGCUGUACGGGCCCAGCUUCGAGUUCAACGAUCUGCGGCGGCAGUUCGGUCCGAACCUAGCGGCGCCGCUCAUCCUCCAGUUCCUGAUCGCAUUCGCGGCAAUGGCUCUCCUUAACACCAACCCGACGUUACUGAUCGACUGCUUUCCUGAGCGCCUUGCCAGUGCUACAGCCCUCAACAACCUGUGCCGUUGUCUGCUGUCAGCGUCAUCCAGCCACUAAUUGAUGCCGUAAGGGUGAUGAAAGCUUUCUUCAUCGUGACUGGCGUAGUGCUUCUUUUGCAACUGCUCAUCUUGAUUGAAUAGAAAAUGGGGGAGAGGUGGAGUCGAGAGCGAGAGGACAAGUUGGCUGCUGACAUCUUU